AAUGAUGUUGCCUGCGAGAGUUGAUUCACACAAAUCCCCUGUCUAGCGUUGCGACCAAUCGCGCUGCGCCGGUGACGCUGCGGAGGGCCGUCCGUCCGCGCGCCUGCAUUCAUAAACGGAUGUGAUAAGUGUUGAAUGUACUGUACAGAGACGAAACUCGGACCAUGGCGGAAGAAGACGACACGAAAAUCCGGAUUUUGCAGAGCCUCCGAGGAAAGAUCUGCGAAGCAAAACCGAGCUCAGGGCCGAACCGUCUCCGUGACCUCUGCACAUUCUGUACCAUCAGUCUGGACCAGGAGGAAGUGUACCGCACUAAAGUCUACGAGAAGAGCGUCAGUCCGUUCUAUGGAGAGGACUUCUACUUUGAAAUUCCCCGCCCGUUCCAAUGCCUGUCCUUCUAUGUAUACACCAAGAGCAUGUUUCAGAAAGAUCAACCUGUAGGAAAAGUAGCCAUCAGGAAGGACGAUCUAUAUAAGUACAGCGGGAAAGAGAACUGGUUUCACUUACAGCCUGUGGAUCCACAUUCAGAAGUUCAGGGGAAAGUUCAUUUAGAAAUGAAGCUGAAUGAAUUGAUCACAGAGACGGGAUCUAUUUGCCAGCAGCUCGUGGUUCAGAUUAUUGCGUGUCAAGGUUUGCCGUUGAUAAGUGGGCAGAACUGUGACCCGUACGCCACAGUAACACUCGUAGGACCCGCCAGGUCUGAUCAGAAAAAAACUAAAGUCAAGAAGAAAACCAGUGACCCUCAGUUUGAAGAAACCUUUCACUUUGAGUUUCCGCAGGUCACAAGGACCAGCAGUUAUAAGGCAAGAUCACAUUUUCAAGUGGAAGAGGAAGACAUAGAGAAACUAGAGAUCAAGGUCGAGCUGUGGAAUAACGGUAACUUGGCACAGGACGUGUUUUUGGGAGAGACACGGGUUUCUGUGAAAAUCCUGAGAAAUGACCAUGUGCACAGAGCCUGGUACUUGCUGCAGCCUAAAGGCAACGGUACGAAGUCUAAGCCGGACGAUCUUGGUUCUUUACGUCUGAAUGUAAUGUACACGGAGGACAACGUCCUGCCCUCUGCCUGCUACACUGCCCUCCGCAACCUAAUGCUCAAAUCUCCAGAUGUCAAGCCCAUCUCGGCGUCAGCGGCGCAUGUUCUGGGAGAUGUUUGUAGGGAGAGUGUAGGGUAUGAAGCUUUGCUCCCUGUGGUCAGACUGCUGCUCCAUCACAACAGACUGCUGCCCUUCCUCACGGCUGUAGCCGCUCUGGAGCUGGAGAAUACACAAGAGGCCAACACCAUAUUCAGAGGGAAUUCUCUGGCCACCCGCUGCAUAGACGACAUGAUGAAGAUUGUGGGCCGAAGUUACUUGACUGUCACCCUCAAACCUGUUCUCAAUGAGAUCUUUGAAUCGAAUAAAACCUGUGAGAUUGACCCCAUCAAAUUGAAAGAGGGCGACAACGUGGAGGUCAAUAAGGAGAAUCUUCAGGGCUACGUGCAGAAAGUUUUUACAUCUAUAACACAGUCUAGCUCCAGCUGUCCUCCUUUAAUGUGUGACGUUUUCAGGUCGCUGCGACAGCUUGCAUCGAAGCGCUUUCCAGCCGAUCCUCAUGUGCAGUACUCGGCCGUCAGUAGUUUUAUAUUUCUGAGGUUCUUCGCUGUUACUGUUCUCUCUCCACACACGUUCCAGCUGCGCUCUCAUCAUCCUGACCCUGAAAUUUCCCGUACUCUAACUCUCAUCUCGAAAACCAUCCAGUCUUUGGGCAGCUGGGGCAGCCUAUCCAAGAACAAACUGUCUAGCUUUAAAGAAACGUACAUGUACGACUUCUUCAAGUUAUUCCAAGAAGACGAAUGUAUAGAAAAGGUUAAAAAGUUUUUAGAUGAGAUUUCGUCUAAUGUGAGUAAAGAAUCCAGCGGCGUUGAGGAUUUAUUUGUGUUGAAGGAGGGUGAGGUACAUAAGCGGGCCCAGGGCAGAAAACGAAUAGGAAAGAAGAACUUUAAGAAACGCUGGUUACGAGUCACCAACCAGGAGCUGUCCUAUCACAAGCAGAAAGGGAAAGAAGCAUUGUGCAUCAUUCCUGUGAAAAACAUCCUCGGAGUCGAGAAACUGGAUGAAAGUGCCUUUAACCGCAAAAAUAUGUUUCAGGUAAUCCUUUCAGAAAAGCCUCUAUAUGUUCAGGCUGGGAACUGCGUGGAGGCAAACAGUUGGAUCGAGGUGUUAAGUCAGGUGAGCCGCUGUAAUCCGGGACGGCUCAGCGCCUUUCACCCCUCUGCUUAUGUCAGUGGAUCCUGGUUUUGCUGCAAGGAAGCAAAUGAAAACGCUCCGGGCUGUAAACCCUGCACGGCGACAGUGUUAGCUAACAUUCAACUGGACAUCGACUGUGACCGAGAAACAGAGAGAAUCUUUUCCUUCUUCUCAUCAAACCUCUGCAGACUGCUGAAGAUGGAGGAUGCCUGUGCCGGUAUGUCUGUGUAUCUCGGUCAGCAGAAAGAGCAGGAGGAGUAUUCGGCCUUCACUAUACAAGACCCGAAAGAGACCUUCCGCACCAUUACAGAGCUCAGAUCCGUGCUGGAGGACCUGCAGGCUCAUCACGACUCGAAGGGCGUGCUGACCGAUGAGCCAGGCACUAUUGAGAAUCCUAUUGUGGGAAAGACUGCAUAACACUGUGGCUACAGGACCAAGUGAUACUGAUACAGCCACACCAGCAGAUGGCGCUGUGUUGGUCGACAUAUAGCGGCAGAACCUCUGAGAACAUUCAGAGAAGUGCCGCCAGCGCCCACACGUGACUGAAUCAAACCUCUCCAGAUAAUCGGUGUUCUGGCAUACACGGAAGAAUUUGGCCAGUCCAGAGUGAAAUGUCUGUGAGUCGCUAUCAACGGAAACAUCUAAGCUAUUUCUGUGUGUGCCCAUCUCAUCUCAGUCUUAUAUCAGUUGUUUAGUAACCUCAAGCAUCGGUCGGCACAGUACGAAAAGAUUCUCAUCAGCUCUUAUUCAUUCCUAACCAGGCUGUGAAAGUCCAGACAUCACCAGUUUGUCUGAGAAAUUAUAGCUGCUAAAAUCCUCUAUGAAAGAACUCAACCUUUGAUUUUUUUAUGCUUCGUCCAUCAAUGAAUAAUCCUACAGUCCUUUCACACAGUCAGAUUAACUCUGUCAAAGGGAAUUUUAGUAUUUUUAUUCCUUUAUGCCAUUUCCGUGAGCAUGUGUAUGAUUUUCUAUCUGUGAUGGAUAGAAGGAAUCUGCCUUAUAAAUUCAGUAGAGGUACUUACAGUCCCGCACUCGUGUCUGAAUUAGGGAGUAAAGCAGAAGCACUUUAGAUAUUUGGAAUAUUCCAGAUGAGAUCGUUUUAGAUACUUGGUAUCAAACUUUUUUUCCCAAUAUUGAUCAGUUCCAUGAUCAGGUUCUGUAGAUAACCUUCAUAUCCUGUAGAUUUUUACUAGCUAUUUUUCUUACGCCAAAGAAGUUGUUUUGUAGGUUUUCAUGACUUGAAAAGGGUACACGUGUAGUUUUCUAUGACAGAAAUUUUAAAUACAGAAAAUAGAUAUCUAUAUUUCAUUGACGUACGUUUUGGGGGCAUCGUACAUUUUGAUAGACCGUGAAGAAAAUUUCAAUCAAUCCGCCUUCGUAAAUGUAUUUUCUCGUAACAAAUGUUUCCAUAUUUUUUGGUACGCUGUCAUAAGCUCUGUGCCAAAACCUAGCAAGCCUGCCGACAUUUGAAGACAGGUACGCUCCUCGAAGGCAAUCCCAUAAUGCCUUGCGACAAAUCAAGCAAAAUGUGAAGACGGUCACCCAAUGUUUUGGGUAUUUUUAUGGUUUUUAUUAGAGUAUCACGAUGUUAUCUUACCAGCAUGCUAACAUCAAACUUUUUUGGAAUAAAUUGUGAAAGAGUAUUUGUGUGAAGUACACAAAUUUCAACAUUACAAAAUUACAAAUUAUAGAUCAGUCACUUGUGACAUCAACGACGGUUAAGAUCGUCCCUUAAAUUGUAGCCGCCUGUGUAGGCAGUAGACAGCAAGCAGCUCACUAAGGUUUGGAACAGAGCUGUAAUCCUAGUUUGUUUUAUGUGAAGUCACAAUCGCAUGUGUUACGUUUGUGAUGUCACAGUUGUGCUGUAAUCUUUUGUGGGAUUGUCCUGUCUAUCUCUGACCAACCUGCUGAUCAUUACAGUGGUAUGACUUUAUUUUACAGUCUUGUUCGGACUAUGUACUUACCAUUUAAGUAUUUAGGUACCAACCCUGAACCUAAACCUAACCCAUAGUAAGUACAGGGUGUUUGGUAGUGUAAGUACAUUGUAAGUGCAUGUACUGUCAAACAAAGUGCAACCAUUACAGGUCUACACUUCAUAUACAGUACAUCUAAAAAUAACCCUGUGCUCAACUAAACACAACCCAUUCACAUCAGAGAAGAGUUUUGUGUGUCUUUGCUGCAACGUCUUUGAAGACUGUUAGGUGCUGUUUGCCUUUGUUAUGUACUACAUACAAACAGCCGUGGAAAAAAUUGAGAGACCAUUUCAAAAUAAUUUUCAGUUUUGUCUGAAUUUACUAUUUCUAGCUAUGUGUUUAGUUAAAAUUAUCAUUUUUGUUUCAUUCGGUGAACUUGCAAUAUUUCUUCCAAGUUUCAAAUCGAAAUAUUGUUUCUAUUUGCAUUUAUUUGCAGAAAAUGAAAACUGAAAUAAGUGAAAAUAACAGACCUCAAAUACUGCAAAAAAAAACACUUUUUUAUGUGAUAACCUCGAUUUUUAUCACAGUUUUCAUGUGUCUUGUCAUUCUGUCAGUCUUUCACAUUGCUGAUGGAUGACUUUGACACAAUUUGAAAUUCAACAGACACUGGGAUGAAAUUACCAUCUAGAAAUGCUAAAUAAAUGAAAAUUUGGAGCGGUCUCUUAAUUUUUUCUGCAGCUGUAUAUUCGUCUAAAUCAGUGAUUCUCAUACUGCUGGCUUAUGAUCCAAAACAGCUCUCAGAAAUCAGGGAACUUUGUUUAAAGCAGCUAAUAAGAUGCAACUAUCUGCAUUUAAAUGAAAGGUAACGAAAUGAACAUAACAAAAGGGACGAUUAAACACUUUACAUACUUUUUGUUAUUGGUGUACAAUCAAACUGUGGCAUUUUGACUUAAAUUCAUUGUUUGAUAGAAGCUAAGCCAAAUGACUCAAAAUCUGGUUGCAUGACAAUGCUUUCAUCUUUAAAAAGAAUUAGCAAAACUACGCAAUGUACAGGAAUCUACAACCCCGAUUAGAUUAAAUAUCCGUUUACCACUGGAAGUUUUGUGAAUUAUCCAAGCAUGAAACCAUUGAAAUCUGGUAUGAUAAACAAUUUUGGGUCCUAAAGCAAAACCAGCGGAGAAGCACUGUUGCAGACAAACUGACAGCUAGCAUAUAGCUACAUGUUAGCAUGCGAGUAUGUAUUAAAUUGAAGUGUCUCACCUUUUACGUUUCUUAAAAGACACCUUACCAAAAUAAGAAAAAAAAUUAUUUGAAAAAGUAAUCGGAAAGCAGAUCCAAGGUACAUCAAAAACUAAUAGAUUUAUUCAGCAUUGAUAAAAAAAAUGAUGCAACAUUCCCAAUCCAGUUAAAAUGUUUAAUGCCAGAAUAUACGUUUUUAUUUGAUCCAUCAAAUGGGUGUCAUUUCUAUAUGUUUAUCUUUUGUCAUACGUGUGAUGUGUAGAUGUGUAGUACACUGUAAAGUCAUGUCAGUGUAUUGAUGGAAAGGAAGGUGAAUGUUCAUGUGGUACGCUGAGGCUUCACCAGGCUUCAGCACAAAUGUGGUAGUGAUGGACCUUCAUUCAUAACUGUGGUAAAGCCACUUGAGUUCACUUAGCACUGCGCCACAGGCCUGCUUUAUUCUUUAGGUUACUCUGUACUCAUUCAAUGCCCACCAUCUUUCAUCGUCUGGGCAUACAUUCAUACAAACUCAACAUGCGGAGACCAUUUCAACCAGCAUCCAGUGGCCUUUCAGACCCCCACCCCAGUCUAAAGAUGAGUCUUUAACAUUCCCAGAUUAGCACUUAGAACAAUGCAGACAAUGACGUUUUUUCUUGAAGUUUUUAACUGAACGGUACAAAUCUACAAUCGCCCUGUUGAAACAGUUGCUUGUGUUUCACAAAUCCCAUCAAAUAUGUGUAAGUCUUUUGAAAACCGUGUCGUUUGAAUAAUGCAUUUCUUAAAUUAUUAUAUUUUUAGAUGAAUAAUGUAGGUCUGUAAAACUGCUAUAAAUAUUUGCACAGAUUUGACCACUUGUUUGUUUUUACUCCUGAUUUUCUUCCAGCGUAUUACUAACUGUACUUGACAUGUUUGCUUCAUUUUGUUAUUUAAAUGUUUUUAUACUAUUAUUUUCACAAUACGAGCUCACAUAAUUCCUCUGUUAUUAGUCCUGUGGAAUUAAUUUGCAAUAAAUAUAUUG